UCAUUGAUUAAUAUAAUGCACAGUAUUUAAUGUUUACUUGCUCUGUGUUUAAUGUCAUUUGAGAUUUUGAGGUCCUUGUUUGUCCAGUGGUCCAGAUUCAAUAUUCAUAUUAGGUACCUACUAACAAAUAACUAUUUUGGUGACGUAGAAACAGUAGGCAAAUAAAAACUUAGUCUAAAUUGUGAGGAUAACAUUUUCAAAAGUCCCAGAUCUUCUGUAUUUAAAACCAUAAUGGCAGAACCGAACCCCCACCAAAUGACAACCUGCCCCUACAACAAGUCACACCAAGUGGAACACUACAGGAUGCACGUACACCUACAGAAGUGUAGGAAACAGCAUCCAAAUUGUAAGAAACUGAAUUGUCCGUUCGAUUCGACGCACGUGGUUAAUGAUGUGGAACUUGAUUACCAUGUCAGUGUGUGUCCGAAGCGAGAGAUGCUAGACACACAAAUAUAUGUUAUGGACGAUGAAUAUAAGCCUGUUGUCGAAUUGAAAACUCAACCUAUAGCACCUUGUGAGGAGACUUGGGAAUGUGACGCAACAACAACGUACAAGCCAGAUUUAGCGGCGAAAGCUCCGCACAUCAUAAUGAAAGUCAAAGGUGCGACUCCUUCGGAGAGACGAAUGGCCAGGAAGGUAGCGAUACAGACAUACAAACCACCUACUAAUUAAGAGAUUUAUAUUUUAAGGAUAAGAUUCUGUAAGGAACUAUUUUUUUUUUCAUUAUAAUUCUAAUUUUUAGUACCAACAAAAAAAAAUAAAAAUAAUGUAAUUGUGUUAUGUAUAACAUGAAAAAAAAAGUAUAAUUGCUGUUUCAAAAAAUAAUAAUUUGUAAGGUAGACUUAACUGUAAUUAGUAAUCUCUACCAGACAAUCUUUGUUUAUUUAGUACUAACAAAAAAAUAAUAUAAAAAGAACAAAUAUAAAUGUGCUAUUUUUAACAUAAAAAAACAAGGAGAAAGGUAUUUGUAAGAUAGACUUGACGGAAAUGAGUAAUCUCUAACAGACAACCUUUGGGUUGAAUUGUUUUAAUGUGUAGCACAGUUUUUGGUAUGUAUGUAGUUAAAUGUGACAAACAAAAAAAAAAAUACAUUUUUUUCUAAUUUUAUGUUAAGUGGCAACCCUGGGCUAUGUUUAUCUGUAUAAGUGUGUAAAAUGACAAUAUCAAUUAUUAUAAUUGUUUGUUUCAUUUUAAACACAUUGAAGAGAAAAGUAUUUUUCAAAAAAAUAUAUAAUAUUUUUUUAUAAAAAUGUUGGUAGAGUUAGCAAAUUUUCUAAUAUACUUAAUAUUAUAAAGCUGAAGAGUUUGUUUGUUUGAACGUGUUAAUCUCAGGAACUACUGGGCCGAUUUAAAAAAUUCUUUUGGUGCUAGAUAGC